AUGUUCGCUGCUUCGACCGCUCUCGCCGCUUGUGAGCCCAGCUCUGCCUUCUUCGGUUUCAUGGGGAUCACCGCUGCCAUCAGUUUCGCCAACCUCGGAGCUGCCUACGGUACUGCCAAGUCCGGUGUUGGUAUCUGCUCAAUGGGUGUCAUGAGACCCGACCUCGUCAUGCGAUCAAUCAUCCCUGUCGUUAUGGCCGGUGUCUUGGGUAUUUACGGUCUUAUUACUUCCGUUAUUAUCAACGGUAAGAUGGAUACCCCCGCCACCUAUUCUCAAUAUUCUGGCUACGCCCAUCUUGGUGCCGGUCUCACUGUCGGUCUCUCUUCCCUUGCCGCCGGUCUCGCCAUUGGUAUCGUCGGUGACUCUGGUGUCCGCGCCAAUGCCCAACAGCCCAAGCUUUUCGUGGGUAUGAUUUUGAUUCUUAUCUUUGCCGAAGCUUUGGGUCUGUACGGCCUUAUUGUUGGUCUUGUUGUCGCCUCCACUGCCACUGAGAAGGGUGCUGGUCUUUGCUCUUCAUUUGCUCCCCAGUGA